UUAAGCACCAAAUUAACAGUUCUCUUUCCCUUUCUACUUGCUCUUUCCCUUGUAUGGAUUUUGUUGAUACCAACAUCAGAGACGAGUUUCCUUACUAUUUCAACAUUAUCAUAGAGCGCAAUCCGAAGCAGGAUUCCCGAAACCUAAUGGGCAAUUCCAAUUCUAAUGGCUUCCCUGCUCUUGGCAACACCCCUAGUCACAACAACAAUCCUUUUGUCCACCCAUUUUCAUCUUUCGAUCCUCAUCGCCAUGAAGAUGCCCAUGGUCAUGGCCAAGAUCAUGGUCAUCAUGCCGGUGACGCUCAUCAGCAUCCCGUCAACCCAUUUCCAUCUCACUGUGACCCGGUGGAUGAAGCCAAUGGCUGGGAUCAUGGUCAUCAUGCCGGUGACCCUCGCCACCAUCCCAUCAAUCCAUUUCCAUCUCAUCAAGUGGAAGAAACCAAUGGCCAUAACCGUGGUCAUCGUGCCAGUGAUACUCAUCACCAUCCUAUCAACCCAUUUCUGUCAGACUAUCACAGGGUGGAAGAAGCUAAUGGUCAUGGUCAUCAUGCCAGUGACUCUCACCGCCAUCAUGUCAACCUGUUUCCGUCUGGCUAUCACCAGGUGGAAGAUGCAAAUGGCGAGGGCCAUGGUCAUCUUGCUGAUGACAUGACUCAUCAGCAUCAUGUCAAUCCGUUUUCAACUCGCCAUCACCAUGCAAAGCCCAAUGACCCUCAUCAGCACCACGGGGUCUUCCCGACGGACUUGAACUUCAAUCCUCCCUAUGUCACGCCUGAGAGUGACGCAGCGGCUGAUGAUUACCAUGAUCAUAAGCAUCAUCAUGAUGUUCACCAUCACCAUAGUGAUGAGCCCAUGAUUCCGCUGGAUCAUAUAUUCACUUUCCGUGAUCUGAACAUGAAGCCAGAUGACGAUGCCGCCUCGGACUUGAGUCUCGCUGAUGUCAACGAGAAGGAGGAGGAGGCGGAUCAGCCUAUUGAAGAAGCUGUCGAAGGGUCCACCCAAGCCCCAAAAUCCUGUAUGGUCAAAGGCCAGUGGAACCCUGAAGAAGACAGGUUGUUAAUUGAGCUUGUGGAGCGUUAUGGAGAGAAGAAAUGGUCGCAGAUUGCACAGAAGUUGAAGGGGAGGGUUGGGAAGCAGUGCAGAGAGAGAUGGCAUAACCAUUUGAGGCCUGACAUAAGGAAGGAUAUGUGGAGCGAGGAGGAGGACAUGAUCCUAAUAGAUGCUCACAGGGAGCUUGGGAACAAGUGGGCCGAGAUCACAAAGCGUCUGCCCGGGAGGACUGAGAACACCAUCAAGAACCACUGGAACGCCACCAAAAGGAGGCAGGCGACGAGGCGCCCAAAGCUCCCUGGCUCGAGCAUCAGGGGCGGGUCCACCCUCCUUGAGGACUACAUCAGGAGCCUCUUCCCCCCAUCGCUGUUUAAAGACAAUGACAACGUAGUCAAGAAGAAGGCUAACUAUAAGAGGAACGGCAAAUCGGCAAAUGAUGGCAAGGAGCGUGCUGCUGGUAAGAAGGCAAGGAACCUGGAUUUGGAGCAACCUCCGGCAGCCUAUGGGAAUGGUGAGUGGCAAUGCGGGUGCGGGAUAGGGUAUCUUUUGUAUAAUCAGGACGGAGACAGCAUGGCUCGUAUGGUGGCUGUGAGGAAGGAGAUGGACUUAAUGGAGAUGAUGAGGAGUCGCCAUACCCUCGCCUAAAAUCAAUUAAACUUCAUCACAAAAGCUUAGUUAUAUAUUUCGUGUUCAUGUUUUCGGAGUAUAAUCAGGGCAAAACUUAAAACCCAUCUUAAUUAACGUGUUUAUGUUCGUAUUAUUGUGUGCCGUGUCUUUCGUUUGUUUGAGUCUUUAGUUACUUGUGUGUCUGUUGGUUGUAGGUAUGACUUCUCAAGCAAGUGCCACCAUUGGUGAUGUUAGGGCAAAUGGAGGAACUUGAAGUGGUCGUUGUUGUUGGUUUUAAAUGUUAUAGUUUGUCGUCUGAGGAUGUGUAGUAUGGUGAGUGUACUGAUCAAUAUGUAAUUUGGAAGACAUCCUUAUAAUAAAUGAUAUGCCGGGUUUUAUAUAUA